AUGAAAGGGGGAGGUUUUAAAGUGAGACCAACAACUCGUUGUAAUUCUGCAAUUAGAAGGCCAACCUAAGAAUUAGCAAUUUUAGAUCUGUAUUAAUAAACAAACAUAAAUCCAAUUCCUUAACUUAUUUUAACACCUACUUAAAGAAAUUUAAGACCUCGACCUAAAACAGGUAUGAAGAUUACAGAUCAAUAUUAUACUGUUUUAACUCAUGAAAAUAAGCCAGAUCAUAAUUUCAGACAUAAAACUGCUCAAGGUUCAUAUAGAACAACUAAAUUAUCAACCAAAAAUUAAUUAGAAACUUUAGAAGAUGGCUUAUUAAAAAAAACUAGUAUUACAUAAUUAGAUACUGAUAUUCCAUAAUAAUGUGAAACGAAGUUUAAAACUUAAACUCUAGAUGGUUUUAAGUAUGUAUAUUCAAUAUUUAUUAUAAUAGGAUUUUACGUUCUAGUUCUCAAUAAUAAGUAAAUACUAAUGCUGUAUUGAAUUAAAAAAUUUCUAAUUUAGAUAGAUAUUUAAUUUUAAGUAUUCUAGGCUAAGGUUCUUAUGCAACUGUUAAAUUAGCAAGAGAUAAAAUUACAGAAAAGUAUUAAUUUUAUAAAUUUAGGCUAAUGGCAAUUAAGAUAUAUUCUAAAGCUAAAUUAUGUAAUCAGCAAAGGAAAUAAUAAUUGAAAAGAGAAAUUCAUAUUCUAAAAUUAUUAGAUCAUCCAAAUAUAAUAAAAUAUCUUAAUACAAUAGAAACACAAAUGGAUAUCAAUUUAAUCGUUGAAUAUGGUGGAUCAAAAAGUUUAAGAUCAUAUCUGAAAGUAUAAUUUAAUAUACAUAUUCUAGUUAUUUCCAAAUAGAAAACUUGAUGAAGAUGAUGCUAAAUAAAUAUUUAGAUAAAUUGUAAAAGCAGUUGAUUAUUGCCAUUCAUUAAAUAUAGUUCAUAGAGAUAUUAAAUUGGAAAAUAUUCUUUUGAAAGACAAUAAUGAAAUUAAAUUAAUAGAUUUUGGAUUUUCAAUUUUAGUAAAUAGAGAAUGUAAAUUAGGAGUAUUUUGUGGUACUCCAAGGUACUUAUAAUUUUAUAUUUAAAAUUAGUUAUAUGGCUCCAGAAUUAGUUAGUAAAUAGGAGUAUUUUGGAAAACCAGUUGAUGUUUGGGCUUUGGGAGUUUUACUUUAUGUUUUAUUGACAGGAAAUUUUCCAUUUAAAGGAUCAAAUGAUUCAGAUUUAUAUGGAUAAAUUAAAAAAGGAGUAUACACUAAAGUUAAUGCCUCCCUUUAAUGUUAAAAAUUGAUUUCAUAAAUGUUAACUAUUAGAGCUAGCGAAAGAAUUACAACUUUAAGAGUAUAAUAAAAAUAAAUUAUAGAUCUUAUAAGACAGAUGGUUCAAUUCUUGA